GCGAGUGCGACGGUAUUAAUUUCGUUGCAAUUAGCUUACCUGAGAUUAUUUUGCGGCCUUUGGUCGAUUGUGCGCGCGAACUUUUAUCGCUCGAUAAACGUGACACAGUUGCCGUUUGUCCAAAGUGACAAGCUCGAGAAAAUACAGAUCAUAUAAUAUAUAAGUAUAUAUCGUGGUGACAAGUGCACUUUCAAACGUUGGAUAGUAUACGUUCGACGAAAGCUCGUCACCGCCGUGCGGCGAAGAUGAAAAGUCAUUGGAUUGCAACGUCGAACGGUAGCAUUGGUCCAAGCCACAUCGCCUUGUUUUUGCAGAUCACAACGGUGUCCGUUGAUUAUUAAUAACUGAUAUUAUAUAGGAGAAUCACAGUAGAUACAUACAUUGACUGAGAAAGCGACAAUGGAGCCCGCAAGUACCGAGGAGUCCAGGGAAAAUGCCAAGAUCUCGGAUUCCGGCUACUCCAAUUCGUGCAGUAACAGCCAGUCCCAUGCGAGUGGGAGUUCUGUGUCGAGAAACAGUAAGAGGUCGGCCAGCAGUGGAUAUAAUGAAGGAAAUCCGUCGACCAUCGGAUCCUCCUCGGAGACAUUGCCGAAGCCGAUCACAAAGCGCAAGGAUAAGAGCUACAAAAAGAAAAAAUCAAAGAACGAGUCGUGCGUGACGCUGGUACCCGCAGUAGAGACCGCCACGACCAACAACACCAGCAUCGGCAAUGUAAAACCGGUACAGGUCGCAUCGAUAAAUAACGCCUCGGUUGGUCCGGGGCCCGAGUCGAGCUCGCCCCAAACCGCUAUCGAGCCCAACUUUUCCUGCAAGUCCUCGCUCGUUCUCCACGACCGGAAAACUACAGAAGAAGUAGCCGUUAUAGAGUUGGUCGACGCGACAGAUCCAGGAGUGCACAACGACAACAACAGCUUGACCUGCGCUGCCAAAGCAGCGGAGUUCGACUCCUCGAAAGCUAACGCGAUCGACGGGAUCACAGCCUUUUCACAGCCGUGCAGCGAGGAAUACUAUGCGGUGAUAUCGAUGCUCGAUGGUUUAGUGUUGUACGCGACGUCGUCGUUACACGCGUCCCUUGGAUAUCCAAAAGACUCGUGGACCGGCAAGUUAUUUACAGACUUUUUGGAUGCCAAAGACAAGGAUAUCGUAGCCAAUAAAAUAGCCAACGAAAUAGCUGUUUCUCGAGAUUACCGAUCAACAGACGUAGGAUGUCGGAAGGAAAUUACUUUCUGUCGUUUACGCAAGUACAGUGCGAGCCUAGUGUGCGACACACCGAGCCAACAACAGCAGAGCCCUGACGAGUGUAUGCCGUACAGGAUAAAUUUCCUUUUCCAGAAUUUUCAAGGCGACAAAUCAUCCAGUUUUCAGAACCAAGUUAUGCUGCUCGCUUUUUUCAAACCCAUUCAUUCGGCCUACAAAGCUCCAGAAGAAACAAUAUUAUCUACGGUAUUUACGACGCGUCACACCGUAAAUUGCCGUCUAUCAUACGUCGAUCCCGAUGUCGUACAAUAUUUGGGGUAUCUACCGCAAGAUAUGAUCGAUCGUUCGCUGUUUGACUUCUACUAUCCCGAGGAUUUGCCGCUCAUCAAAGACAUCUACGAGACAGUGGUCAACCUGGAAAACACCUCGUAUCGGUCGAAGCCUUACAGAUUCGUAGCGCAAAACGGUGACAUUGUCGUCCUGGAAACGAAAUGGUCGACUUUCGUCAAUCCUUGGAAAAAAAACCUAGAAUUUAUCGUAGGUCAACACCGAGUUCUCAGAGGACCAGCCGAUCCCGAUGUCUUCCGAUCGCCGGCUGCUCGUGAGAGCCACUCUUUCGCCAAUAUUAGCGAGGAAGUGCUCAAGGAAGCUAAAAUUAUCCAGGAAGAAAUCAUGGCACUUCUCAAUCGGGGCAUUGAGAGGAGAUCCUCGUGUGCGGUUGCAGAUUGCGAUUUGCUCGCCAAAAAGAACGAGCUCGCCUCUUUUGUGGAGAAUGUCCUACUGGAAAUCAAAAGUCUGGCUCCCGGCAAAGACCACAUGGCAGUCGACGAGAGGAGCUUUUGGGAGCACGACAGCGUCAUGCUCGGCGAGAUAUCGCCCCAUCACGAGUACCUCGACAGCAAAUCCUCAACGGAGACGCCACCAAGCUACAACCAGCUCAAUUACCUCGACAACAUAAAGCGGUUCUUCAACAGCAACCUCGACAUGAGCGUGAACAAGAAGCCGUACGGCAGUGACGAGGAGAACGUCCACUCGAGCGCUAACAGCAGCGACGAACUCCAAGCCUCGACAAAAAACGACGGCAACUCCAUGUCCGCUGGCGAGCCCAAGGGCAGCUCGUCGACGAACGGCAGCGGUAACAGCAGCAGCGAGUUGAACAACCGGCAAAGCUUCGACAGCCGGGGCGAGACGAGCAACGCGACCAGUCGCUCGACCAACCUCGAGUCGGCCCCGGUGCGCAACACGGCCCCUACGGUUGCCGGCCAAUUCAAGCUGCCCAUUCUCACCGAGUUGCUGCUCAACCGGCACAACGAGGACAUGGAGAAGCUCAUGAUGCAGUUGCACCGCGAGCAAAAAAAAAACGACAAGCGCAGCAAGAGCUCCAUCAACGAGCAGAAGGCCAAACAGCAGCAACAACCGCAACCGCAACUGUUGGCCGCCGCUGUUGUGAAGGGUGAGGUAGCGCCCCGCAAAAAGUCCACGAAUCAGCUGAAGCGCGUCGCCUGCCAAAACUGGGAGACGCAGAACGGACGUGGUUACAAGCAACCUAGGCACGAGGGACCCUUGCAACCGAUCCAACAGCAAGUCGCUGUCGGCAGUAACGACAAAGGCCACGCACCUCGCGCGGAUCUUUGGCAGACUAUGACAAGCACGGCGAUGCCGGUCGCCGCCACCUCCGUCGCCCAACACCGUUACCCGGCCAACAACGCGUUUACCCAGGCCAUGGAUCGAUACCCCACGUUCCCGCAAAUGGUCCCCGUUUGCUACGUGCCCGCACCAAUGCCGUGGGAGAACCCUUUUCUAAUUUCUUUGCCGAAGGAGCACCCCGGGCCGCCGAAACCCAUAAGCCAGCCUGCCCCCUACUGUUUUCUUCCAAUGCCAUAUGUGACGACGCCGUUGCAGAGCGUCAUGUACCCACCGAUGAUGGGAGUUCCCCCAAUGUGCAAUCCGUUCGUCGCUAACGAAACGACACCCACAGCCGCGUUCUCCGGGACCCUUGUCAAUCCGAUGGCCCAACAGAUCCAACCCACUUCAUCGUUACCCACGGCCAUGCCGGCCCCGAUGCCAACCCCGUUUGACCUCAAGCGGCCCUCCAGUCGCGAGACCAGCGUCAAGGCCGAGCCCGGAAGUACCAUGGCCAUGUCCGACUCAUCGAAAAAGAUGGUUUUUCCGAGCGGCGUGGUUUCGCAUAGCAGCGAGGGCGGCUGCUUCAGCGUCACCGACGAGUGCACGACGGCCAACACCACCAAAGACCAUUCAAUCCUCCCGGAGGACAAGGCCGGCUGCUCGAAACACUCGUCGAGCUUGUUCAGCAGCUCCCUCAACAUAAGCUACUGCAGCGACAGCAACACGUACCAGCACAACACUGCCUCCUCGGUCGAGAGCAAAGAGAGCCAGCCCAAGCAGAGUCGCAAGGAGUUCCGAGUGAUGCGCAAAGAGCCGCCCUGGAUGGAGGGCAUCAAGAUGACGCCCGAGCUUAUGUACGAGUACCAGUUGACGCCCAAGUCCCUCGAGGAGGUGCUGAAAACCGAUCUCGACUUUUUGAACCGCUCGAAGCAGCCGAGCAUGGUCAACGACCAGCUCAAACAACUCCUCCUCGAUCUCGAUGUCGAGGGCUUCACCUCGAAGUUAAUACUCGAAGAAACGGGCGCGAGCAAUUCCAGCAACAGCAGCGACUUGUCUCAGAGAUCAGAAGCUACAAAUCAGCAAAAUACUCAGUCUGGUGCACAAAUCUCCGGGUCAUGUUAGCACCCAAAGCCAAGAAACCAGACGACCACAACCACGUUAACGCGGCUUCCAAAGAUUAUCAUGACAGUUAUCACAAGUGCAAUCGUACAAACAAUACAUACAUUGUAUUUGCUUGAAGCGCGCGUAAACGGCUAUUUCGACUUCUUAUUUUUAUUAUUUCUAACUGGAUCAACAAAAGCAAUGCUAUACCAGUUAUUGUAGAUAUUAUUUUUUAAACACUUGUAACAUUGAUGGAAGCGUAACGCAAUGGGCAUGCCUCGUGUGUUUUCAACGUAGCAAGAACACGUGCGCACAUGUCCGCUACGAGCUAUCACGAGUUAUGCCCAUUGGGAAAGAAUAUCGAUUUUUUUCAAGCUCAGUACAUGAUUACAGAGAGUAAGAAUAUAUUGUUUUUCGGCUUUAGGUUCAACCUGACUCGAAGACUCAUCGACCAGUAUUAUUUGAUCAAUUAUCAUUUAUUGUUAAGAAAAUUUAUUAAUGUAAUUAAUUAUUUAGUUGUUUGUU